AUUACAUGAUGUUUGUGUGCAAGAAUUUGUGAAAAGUUUCUUGAUAACUUGAAGUCUUGAGUUCUGCAAUUCAGUCUGUAUAAUAAACUUCCUGCACAAAUGACACUGCAGAACUGCUGUGCUGUGAAUGUGACUGUCUGUCUGUGACUGUGCUGCAGUACAGUAGCGGCUGUUAAUAUUGUGAUGUCUGAUAAUACCCUAUUCAGUGAUGUAUUAUGGCUUUGUAUCAACACCAUGAAGUUGUUCCCAUGGAUAUUGAUGCGACUGAUGACAACAUUUCAUUGAAGAUGGCGACCGCGUCGCCUGACCAACUACAAAAAUUGUGCCUUGAGUAUGUGGCUAGGAACUUAACCAAAUUCUGCUGUGAGUAUGUAUCGUUAGAAGGAGAUCAUACUGAACCCAAACUCUGCCUGAAAUCAUCAGAGAUCAAACUACAUCGUGAUCUGGCUGAACAGCUUCUAAGAACAUUAAGUGAGGCACGCCAACUGAAGGAUUAUACACUGAGCCUAUUUGCCAAUCAGAAUCUUGUGUCCAUUCGGAAGGCGUGUCUUCGAUAUGCAACGCUCACCUCUCGAGGGCUACGUGCUCUCUCUGGUCACCAGCUCACCGAACUUGACGCGGCGGGCGUGCGGAAUGUCAACGUUAACGAUAUCAUCGGAGCUCUGGGAGAGUGGACUAGGAGAAACCUCAGGUCGUUGAACGUCAGUAAUUGUACUUUCAUGAACAACUCCAAGUUCUGCAUAGUGAUUUCACUUCCACAACUCAGGCUGUUGCGCCACCUCAAUGUCAGCUAUACAGAGUUUGGUAACAACCUAGGAUUAGAGUGGGUUGCCGAAGGUUUGACUCAUCUGGAAAGCUUAGACAUCUCGGGUACCCUGGUCUACAAUAUAGCACCAUUGACAAGACUCAAACAGUUGAAAUCGCUGUCUAUGUUUCACACGAGGGUUGCAGAGAAGGACAUCCCAUCGACAGUGGCUCAACUUCCUGAGCUGAGACAUCUGGAUAUCUCGCAAGACAUGCACCCUGUACCGGACAGUGCGCAUGAGACGGGUGUCAAUGUACUCUUGAACGCUGACGACUCUGUUCCAAACCUCAUUUCCCUUGAUAUCUCAGGUAGGGAUAACAUCAGGGAUGAAGCACUCUGGCAUUUUGUGUCAAGGAGACCCAGGUUAAAGUUCCUUGGACUGACUCAGACGCAAGGUGUUGUCAAAGAUAGACAGUCGACAAUAGAGAUGUGUUAUGAGGCCUAUCUCUCGGACGAAAGGCAUGUUAACUUCAGACCGGAACUCAAGGUGUCAGGCUAUGCAACAGAAAGUCAAGUACUAGAGGGGCUACAGAGGUACACUGAGCGCCCCCACUAUGUUCAUAAGUUGUUGUGUUUCCUCUUCAAUAUGACCCAGUUCUUGGAGAAACCCAGACCAGACAUUGUCAAGAUCAUACUACCACAGAUGAGGGCACAUCCGAGGAUUCUAGGAGUUCAGAUGGCUGCAAGUGCUUGCCUUUACAACCUGACGAAGCAUCAGCUUGGGGAAGGUGUCCAUGUGUCAGUUCUUAGCACGAUGGUUGGACUAGUAUUGGAUGCUAUGGAGACAUUCUACAGUCAACAACAGCUUCAAAAGAAUGUGCUAUUGACUCUGUGCAGCGACAGAAUACUUCAGGAUGUGAACUUUGAUCGUUACCGUGCAUCUAAGAUGGUAAUGGACUGCUUGUUUGUGUUUGAUGAUCCGUCGAUGACGAGAAUGUCCGUCGCGAUCUGCUCUAUCCUUGCUGCCAAGAUCUCCACUGUCCAGACCACUCUCCUGGGAACCAAAAGAAACAUGCAGAAACUGCUUCAGAUCGUACGCCAGAAAGCGGACAUCCGUUCAGUCGACAUCACACUCAAGUUCACCCUGAGCGCACUCUGGAAUCUCACCGAUGAAUCACCACCCACCUGUACAAUCUUUGACAAUGAGGGCGGGCUUGAUCUCUUCAUAGACAUUCUGGAGAUCUUUCCUGAUGAAUCAACACUCCAGACAAAAGUUCUCGGGCUAAUUAAUAACAUUGCAGAGGUAAAGACAUUACGGGAUAAUCUAAAAAGAGAAGACUUCCUCAAACACUGCAAACGACUGUUAGAGAAUGAUCAGAUUGAAGUGAGCUACUUUGCUGCCGGGAUAGUUGCCCAUCUACUGAAGGACGGUGAAGACACGUGGGCCUCUAAACCUCAUCUCAGAGAAGAGUUUCAGCAGUCGUUGCAUAACAGCAUCUUGAAGUGGAAGAACCCUGCCGGAGAGAUGGUCGCCUACCGGUCUUUCAGUCCAUUCUUUCCUCUCUUGAAAUGCUAUGAGAUCCCUGAAGUACAGCUCUGGUCGGUGUGGGCAAUGCAACAUGUCUGCACAAAGAAUGCGAGUCGCUACUGCCCCAUGUUGGUGACCCAGGGCGGGGUAGACCUUCUGAGUGAGAUGGUAGCGCAACCCCACCUACAUCCCGACGUCCAUAGAGUCGCUACGGGAGUCCUGGAGGUGGUCCGGCAGAACAGAAUAGCCGUGGCCAGUCCCUGCGAGAUCAAGAAGAAAUGAACCUACCAAAUGUCUUUCAUCGAUGGCGUAUGUCUUAUUAGCACUGUGUGCGCAAUCUCCUGCCAGUCAACCAGCCAGCCAGCCAGCUGUGGAUUUUAACCAUCGUUCUCUUGGUUUUCAAACGCAACGUUUGAAGGAGAAAGAUGAUUUUUAUGAUUGCUCUAAAAGUACUAAGAUGUGGUUUGGAGGAAAUGAAAUUUUAAUUGCAAUGCUAAUAGAUCAAUUAAUUGUUUAUUGAGGAUAAUACUGUUCUCUUUUCGCAAAUGUGAUGCAAUGGAAUUGUUUAAGUACCUAUGCUGUAUCUGAAGAGUCGAUGUGGCUUUUCAGGAAUCGAUCAUUGACCAUGUUAUAUAUUAAUGUUCUCCUGUAUCAGUAGGAUUAAUGUCCAUACUGACAAUAGUACAUACUUGCCCGUGCAUUGGAUUUUAGACUAAAAACGAAACCCUUCCUGAUGUAAUCAUUUCAUCCCAUUUUCACACUUGAAAAUUUAAAGUUGCUUCGAACAUAGUUUAGAACAUAUACAUACUGUAUACAUUUUCAAAAGGAUAGAGGUACGCCUCCAUGAUUAAUUUCUCCUUUUGAAAAAAAAUGAUACUCAUAUUUACACCUUUCAGAAUGUACAUGUACAUGUAGAUAUGUAUGCAAAAUGUAUAAUGACCUCUGUCUCCCUUUUCUUCAAUAAGUGACCUCCUGAGUUUAUUUUAUUGUUAGUUGGUCAUUAAUGCAUAUUAGAUGUAUUUGUAAAGUGAAAUUCAAAAAUUAAGGGAAGUAUUUUACCGCAAAAACAUUGCCACUCUCCACCCAGGUGUAGUAAAUGGGUACCUGUAGGAAGAAAUUUUUGAAUGUUUUGUACCUUAUCAAGGUAGCCAUGCUCAAGCCAGGGGAUAACAUGCUGCGCUUAGAAACAUUUGUAUUAAGCGCUAUAGGAAUGUCACAUAUUAUUAUUGCUGUUAUCAGUACAUUAAGGAUUCCUGUAUAAUUUCGGAAUUUUUUGUAUUAUCGGCAAUGGUACAUGUAUUAAUUGAGCAAACUCCUUGAUUUCUAAACCUCUUAUGCAUUUUAUAACAGACAUCAGAAUGUAGGUGAAUUUUCAUAACAGACUUUGUAUGUAUCAACAACUGAAGAAAUAGGAACUAGCAUUGUGUGCUGAAUUCUUGCAUGAAAUUAGAAAAUAGAUACAUGAAAAAUUCUUCUCCUUUUAAGUGAUAAUGUAAGAAUGAAGGUACAUGUAAUUCCAUUGAGUAGAUAUCAAUAGAAAUUAAGACAAUAUAUAUACAAGUCAUAAUGCUUAUGAUCCAUACACAUGUUAUUCAUUUCUUCACAGUGGUCACCCGAGUGUAAAAACGCCCUUCCUUGAACACCCUACAAUUUCCUGUAUGAAUGUAAAGUUUGAUGCAGAAGGUAGCUAGAACCCUCAUAUUGUUCUUGUUUCUCUUUUUAGAGAGCCUAUAAAAUGCCCUUCCAUGCAUUUUUUUCUCUCUCCAUAUACAUAUUAAUCACAAAUGGGUUGGUGUAGUUAGCUCUACCAUAACAUGUGACCUGACAAAACAUACCGCAUGAACCUUAAAAUUUAAGUUUUACACCCUUGGAUUUUCUACUUGUUUUGAAAGUAGGCAAUUAAAAGGAAAGAAAAUGGCACUUCGCAGACAGUUUCAAAUCAACCACACCUUAAAACUUACCGUAUUCAAAGAGUUCUCAAUGAGUUUCCCAGACACAUUCAACAUUCACUUACAUGCCCAAUGAAUUCUUACAAAGUUGUAGCGAAAAUGCAAUUUCCGGUAUUGAGUUUGCAUAACGCACACAUUACUUUAUGAUUUGCCCAAUUAAGAUUAAAGGUUGUUUUUAUUAAAUGGAGGAAUCUCAGAGAAGUACAGAUGAGAUAAUAAAGUCAAACAGGCUCCUUACACAAUAAGGGAAAUAAAUAACAUAAAAGGCAAGGCCAUUUAUGCAUGCAAACAUAUACCUUAUUGUGCAUUGCCCCCAAAAAGGUUGAUUAAUUAAAACAUUAGUUGUACUCAUUAUUUGUCCAGCUCAAUCUCUCAGACGUCACUUAUUAAUAAUAGAAAUAGCAGAAUACUUGGGGGGGGGGGGGGUUUUCUGGUGAAAACAAAGCAUGAAAAAUUCAAAUUAAUAUUCAGCAGAAAUCUGGUAUAACAAUAAUGUUGAUUAACGUACCUCAUUUUAAAGAACUGCUUUAAAUGAUACAAAAAAAAUAAAGCAAGGUCUUUUUCCAGCCUUCUAUUGUUCUACCAUUGCAUGCAAGAUGCUCAUGAAUAUUCUCAGAUUUUUUGUUUUCUCAUGAAACAUUACAAUGGCAUAUACACUUACAUUUCAUAUACAAUAUCAUUGCUUUCGUUGUGUAUAGCAGUCAUAUAUUCACUCUACAGCUGCUAAUAUAUGCUGCCAUCCACUUGUUUUCCCUCUAUCAUUAUUAUUAUUAUUUUUUGUUAUAUCUGAUCACUUUGUAUCAUAUACCUGUCAUCUUUGUAUAAUUUGUACUGAUUAUGGUAUGAAAGGAAUCUUUUAGCAUUUUUGUUUGGUAAUUUGUACAUUUUGCAUUGCGUAUUUAAUGCUGUGAUCAAGACUUGGCAAUAAUUCUUAGAAUCUUGAUUUGAAUGAGAUCUGGUUCAUUUUGUAAACUUUCAUGAUGUUUCUUUUUAGAGUUACCUUAAACUAUUACAUGCAGCUACUGAUUUAUUAUUUUUAUUUUUUAUUAUCAUUAUUAUCAUUAAGAGACAUCUUGAUGGAUUCUUGCUGUUGUGAGAUAGCAUUUUGAUGCUAAACAUGCUUACUAACUCAAACCGCAGUAAUUCUAUAAAAAAUCAUCAAUGCUCCAUCAUCUAGAAUGUAAUGCCCUCAAUAUAUGCAUUUCAGUUUGGGAAUUGUGAUGUUUGCAGACUUAUCAUACUUGUAAUUGAUUCUAAUCAAUUUAUACCUUCAUAAACAGGGCUGGGUCCCGUAAGACAGCGCUUAGCGAUGAAUAACAAAUGUAAAAGAACACUUCUGAUUGGUUCCUGGUCAGUGUUUUGAAUCAAAUGCGCAUUUAACAUUGAUCUUGAUUGGUCAGUCCAUUUAGCGAUCGAUCGCUAAUCUUUGUGUUACGGAGCCCAGAUUAUUAUCUCAUCAUUAUCUUGUGUUGGUACUUAUGCAGUUUUACCUAUAAGACGUUGUUUUCAAAAUUUAUGCUGCAUAUUUGAAAUGAAGGAGAUGAUAAUUUAGUUACAAAAGGCAUUUCGAAAAGUAUGUUUGUCCUCUACAUGUGCGACCUUCCCGAAAUGUUGUAUCUAUAUUUUCUCGUUCACAUGAAAGCUUGUAUUGCUCUCAAAUUAUCAUGACAUUACUGUUCAUGGAGGUUGAUCAUUUCUUUUGGAAUUGCCCAUAUGUAAUUGUUCAUCUUGGCACUCCUCUAUGAUAGCAGUAGUCCACGUUGAAGAAUAUGGUAAAUCCAA